ACCCAUGUGGAACCCAAGGACGCAGCCACUCUGCUGAGAGCACGGCGGCCCAUCUCUGGAGACCGUUACCUCGAGACGGUGGCCCUCGGCCCUCCACCUCCGGCUGGGGCAGGGGCCGCCCAUCUCCAAGUCCCCAGCCAUGACGACCUCCGCGCUGCGGCGCCAGGUGAAGAACAUCGUGCACAACUACUCGGAGGCGGAGAUCAAGGUGCGCGAGGCCACCAGCAAUGACCCGUGGGGCCCGCCCAGCUCGCUCAUGUCGGAGAUCGCCGACCUGACCUUCAACACAGUGGCCUUCGCCGAGGUCAUGGGCAUGCUGUGGCGGCGGCUCAACGACAGUGGCAAGAACUGGCGGCACGUGUACAAGGCGCUGACACUGCUGGACUACCUGCUCAAGACGGGCUCUGAGCGGGUGGCCCAUCAGUGCCGCGAGAACCUCUACACCAUCCAGACGCUCAAGGACUUCCAGUACAUCGACCGCGACGGCAAGGACCAGGGUGUCAACGUGCGCGAGAAGGUCAAGCAGGUGAUGGCCUUGCUCAAGGACGAGGAUCGCCUCCGGCAGGAGCGGACCCACGCCCUCAAGACCAAGGAGCGCAUGGCGCUGGAGGGCACGGGCAUUGGCAGUGGGCAGCUGGGCCUCGGUCGCUCUCGCGGUUCCCCGUCCUCCUACAACUCCUCCUCCUCGUCCCCCCGCUACACCUCCGACUUGGAGCAGGCCCGGCCCCAGACAUCAGGAGAAGAGGAGCUGCAGCUCCAGCUGGCCCUGGCCAUGAGCCGUGAGGAGGCUGAGAAGGAGGUGAGGUCCUGGCGGGGAGAUGACUCCCCCGUGGCCAAUGGCGCUGGGGCCACGGUCCGCCGUUGGCAAGACAAAAAGCCGGAGAGAGAAGAGAGAAAGGAGGAGGAGAAGCUGGAAACCAGCCAGUCCUCCAUCCUGGACUUGGCAGACAUCUUCGCACCCACCCCGGCCCUGCCCUCCACUCACUGCUCCGCUGACCCAUGGGACAUCCCAGGUCUCAGGCCGAACACAGAGCCCAGUGGCUCCUCCUGGGGGCCUUCUGCAGACCCCUGGUCUCCUAUUCCCUCAGGAAGUGCCCUGUCCAGAAGCCAGCCCUGGGACUUGCCCCCUAUGCUCUCCUCCUCUGAGCCCUGGGGCCGGACCCCAGUACUGCCCGCCAGACCCCCUUCCACAGACCUCUGGGCACAGAACUCCCCCCAGCACAAACUCCCCGAUACUGGGGCUGACCCUUGGGGGGCCUCAGUGGAGACCUCCAAUGCACCUGCUCUAGGUGGUACCUCGCCCUUUGACCCAUUUGCCAAACCUCCAGUAUCCACAGAGACCAAGGAGGGGCCGGAGUGUGCCCAGGCCCUGCCCUCGGGGAAGCCCAGCAGUCCUGUGGAGCUGGACCUGUUUGGAGACCCCAUCCCCAGUUCCAAGCAAAAUGGCACUAAGGAGCCAGAUGCGUUUGACCUGGGUGUACUGGGGGAAGCGCUAACCCAGCGCAGCAAAGAGGCCCGAACAUGCCGGACUCCAGAGUCUUUCCUGGGCCCUUCAGCCUCUUCUUUGGUCAACCUUGAUUCAUUAGUCAAGGCGCCCCAGGCUGCAAAGACCCGAAACCCCUUCCUGACGGGUCUCAGCGCUCCAUCUCCCACCAACCCGUUCGGUGCGGUCGAGCAGGGCAGGCCCACCCUGGACCAGAUGCGCACCGGGUCGCCGAAGCUGGGCUUGGCGGCCAGCGGGCCGGUCGGGGCGCCCUUGGGCUCCAUGACCUACAGCGCCUCCCUGCCCCUCCCGCUCAGCAGCGUGCCGGCCGGCGUGACCCUCCCCGCCUCGGUCAGCGUCUUCCCGCAGGCGGGCGCCUUCACACCGCCGCUCGCGAGCCUGCCGCAGCCGCUGCUGCCCACGUCGGGCUCUGCCGGGCCCCUGCAGCAGCCUCCGCAGGCCGGCACCAACCCCUUCCUUUGAGCGCAGCCCCGCCCCGCCCC